CUGUGCCCUGGACGCUUCUAACUUCAUCGGCGCUUCUUCAAGUCCCGGCGCGCUGCACUCUCUUGCCAGCAGCAUCUUAAUGUUCAAAGAGUCGCGACAAACUUCCUCCAUUUAACUCGCUCGUCAUCCAUCGACAUCUCCGCUCGUGUGUUAGGCCAACAACACUCCAACUUUCCGUCGUCUGCAGAGGCAACAUGUCGUCCCCAACCGGCAACAAGGUCUUCGCACCUGCCAUCUUCUUCAUCGCUUUUAGAGAAUCGCUCGAAGCGGCGCUGGUCAUCGGCAUACUGAGCGGUCUGUUGGAGACGCUGGUCAACACUGGUCGCGUACAGUCCAAGGUCAAGGCGAAUGACAAGAGCUCGGAUGGAGAAGAGAGCGAUGCGGCAAAUGCUACGGGCAGGUCGCAAGACGAGAGCAAAUCGCUCGUGACGAAGCUCAGAUGGAUCGUCAUCCUCGGCGCCCUCUCCGGUCUGUUCAUCGCUUUCUGCAUCGGAGCCGCCUUCCUUGCCGUCUUCUACACUCAAGCCAACGAUCUGUAUGGCAAAGCCGAAGAGCUGUGGGAAGGCAUAUUCAACCUCAUCGCCGUACUUCUCAUCACUCCCAUGAGUCUAGCCAUCCUGAGGGCAGACCGUUCCAGAGCAAAGUGGAGACGCAAGCUGAGAAACGCGUUUGCCGAUGUGAGAGCGGACAAGCACGGUGAAGGUAGCGGUUUGAGCCCAAGAGCUGGCAGCGAGGAGGCAUCGGAGGGCAAAUCCCCCGCUAGUGAGGCCGAAAAGAAUUUGGAGCAGCCUCAAGAGAUUUCCACCUUGCCUCAAGUAUCCGGACAAUCCGUCGACGACUCUCAGCAUCGCAGCAAGGGCUUUGCUACCAAGCUCAAGUCCGCGCUUCAACCACUUCGCCAAGGCAAGAAGGGCGCCCUGGCUCUCUUCUUCAUCCCUCUAGUCACCACAUUAAGAGAGGGCCUUGAAGGUGUCGUCUUCAUAGGAGGCGUUUCGCUUGGUCUGCCGGCCACUAGCAUCCCGCUGCCUGCUGUUGUAGGUAUCGCAGCAGGUCUUCUGGUAGGCGCCAUCGUAUUCCGCGCUGGUUCCGUAGGCAAACAAGUCCGGUUCUUCUUGAUCCUCUCCACCGUCGCCCUCCUCAUCAUCGCAGCAGGUAUGGCAUCCCGAGCAGUGUACUACCUCCAAUUCUACCGCUACGUCAAGCUGGUAGGUGACGCAGCAGCCGAAUCAGGUAGCGGUCCAGGUUCAUACUACUACAAGGACUACGUCUGGCAUCUGGACUGCUGCAACCCUGAAGACACGACUUCUUCUGGUGGGUGGGGUAUCCUCAACAGUCUGGUCGGCUGGAACAACACUGCAACGAUCGGCUCGGUACUGGCUUAUGUGUUCUAUUGGCUCGCCAUCACUGCUUACCUUGGCUAUGCCGCUUGGAAGGAGGGAAGGCUGGCAAAGGUGGUUCGGAAAGUCAGAGGCGUCAAACCAAGCAGCAACGCCAACGCAUCCGUAUCUGCCUGAGUACAUGUCCGCGCGUCACCUGCUCUCGCCGAAUCGCCGCCUCAAGUACGGUA